CUCUCCCCAGCAGCUCCACAGCCACCAGACCCUCCCUGAAGAUGACUCCCUCUGUCAGCCUGCUGCUGCUGCUCCUGCUCGGCCUCUCUCAGGCCAAUCCUCUCAUGGAGGAAGGGAGUGGAACAGAGGACCAAGUGGAUGAAGAUGACACCGUCGACAUCAGCACCAGGAUUCUCACCUCCAACAACGCCACCGACGAGAUCCUGUUGGAAGGAGACCUGUUGGCCCCCAGAACCAGAAAUGCCAUGAAGUGCUGGUCCCAGAACUGCCUGUGGAGGAAAGCCUCCAACGGCCUGGUAAUGAUUCCCUUCACCAUGAGCAGGGAGUUCACCAGCUGGGAGAGGCAGAAGGUCGACUACGCCAUGAAGUCCUUCCACAGCAGCACCUGCCUGCGCUUCGUGCCCCGUCAGAACGAGUACGACUACAUCAGCGUCGAGAACAAAGCCGGAUGCUUCUCGGCUCUGGGCAGAACCGGAGGCAGACAGGUGCUCUCUCUCAACAGGCAGGGCUGCCUCUACCACGGCAUCAUCCAGCACGAGAUCAACCACGCUCUGGGCUUCAAUCACGAACAGACCAGGAGCGACCGCGACUACUACGUCCGGAUCAACUGGGACAACAUCAAACCACAGAGUGCCUACAACUUCUACAAGCAGGACACCAACAACCUGAACACUCCCUACGACUACUCCUCCAUCAUGCACUAUGGAAGAACAGCCUUCUCCAUCCAGAACGGGAGAGACUCCAUCACUCCCUUCCCCAACCCCAACGCCCAGAUCGGCCAGAGGAAGGGCAUGUCCUACUGGGACAUCAAGAGGAUCAACCUGCUUUAUAGGUGCUAACAACAAAGCUUCCAAAGUUAUUAUUCAGCAAAACAAUAGAAAUGUGUUCCAGUUAUAUGUACAUCAAAAACUACA